CAGAGAACUGAAGGUAUGGUCUUUAAAAUGAUCCUCAGUAAAAUGUGUUUGAGCUCCGCUGUUUGUUCCUCAGCUCAGCUCAGAGGUGAGCAGCCCAGCUACCUGAAAGGAGACAACUUCUUUAAGUUCAUCUGCUCCGACUGCUCCGAGGAUGGAAAGGAGAGCUUCGAGAGGAUGAGACUCACCUGGCAGCAGGUGGUGAUGUUGGCCAUGUAUAAUCUGUCUCUGGAGGGGACGGGUCGACAGGGUUACUUCAGGUGGAAGGAGGACAUCUGUGCUUUCAUUGGCCGACACUGGAACUUCCUGCUGGGAACAAGGAAGAAGACAUCAACGUGGUGGAGCACAGUGGCCGGCUGUCUGUCCGUUGGCAGUCCCACCUUCUUCCGGUCGGGAGCUCAGGAGUUUGGUGAGCCUGGCUGGUGGAAGCUGGUCCAGAACAGACCUCCGACUCUGCGGCCGGAGGUGGACAAAUCCACCACCAAGGCUAAAGCCUCGAAGCCUGCCAUGGACCCUAUCAUCACCGUGGAGGGCCUGAGGAAGCGCGGGGCCAGGAACCCUGUGGAGAACGCCAUGCAGCUGAAGGAGAAGCGCUGUCGCACACAGGAAGCCAAAGACAUCCGGCGGGCUCAGAAAGAGGCGGUGGGAGGCUACACUGACCGCAGCGCCUCCUCCACACCGGUCAAACUGGGCGGAGGCCGUGGAGGGAGUGCAGGGCGCAGGCCUGACCUCAUCCUGGAGAAAGGUGAGGUCAUCGACUUCUCCUCCCUCAGCUCAUCAGACCGAACUCCGCUCACCAGCCCAUCACCAUCGCCUUCACCUGAUUUCUCCGCCCCGGGGACACCGGCGUCUCACUCAGCAACACCCAGCCUGCUGUCAGAGGCGGACCUCAUCCCUGAUGCCAUGCCGCCACAGGCUCUGUUCCAUGACGACGAGGAGAUGGAGACAGAAGGAAUGAUCGACCCGGGGAUGGAGUACAUCCCUCCUCCUAGCGCCAACCUUGUCGCCCGCAAGAAGCUCCGCCCAGCACCACCACACAUCAAAUGUGAAGCAGAGAGUGAGGAUGAUGAAGGCCGCGAGCGUGAGGAUGACUUUGAAGAGCCAGUGGGACGCAGUGAGGGUCCGUCUCUCUCCACCGGGGAGUGUGUUGGUGCUGGAGGGCCUGAGCGGCGGAGGAUAACUCAUUCUGAGAAAGCUGACGGCGCUGGUAGCGCCUCACAGACUCCUCGCUUUGGUCCCCUCAGUCUUUACGAGGAGAGGAUGCUGCUGCGACGGCUGGACGCCUGUCCGCUGGCCUUGGCUGUCACCCCGCAGGCCAAACGCCUCCACAGGAAGCUGCUGGUCCGCCAGGCCAAGAGGCAGAGAGGGCUCCCCCUGCUGGACAUCGACCGGGCUGUCAGCGCCACCCUCAGCCUGGUGGGAGGGAUCUAUGGCGCCCAGGGGGUGGGGACCACGAUGCGAGGAGGAGCCACGGGGAAAUACUGCACCAGCAGCCAGGAGCUGCGUAUUCUUGAUCGCUUCCAGACCAACCUGUCCUGCAGAAGGGGUGUUCAGCAGCACUCUGUGUCCUUCUGGCAUCGUCUGAUGGGAGCUGAAGGCAGUUUGGACCAGAGCAUCAAAAGUCCAUACACAUCUCGCAUCCUGAAACCGUACAUCAGGAGGGAUUAUGAGAGUCGUCCGGUGAAGUUGAGGUUGUUGGACGAGAUCAGAGCUUAUCCUCACAGGAAGGAACCAGACUGGGUUCCUGAACCCAACGCCCCCAUCGACUACUGCUACGUUCGGCCAAACCACAUCCCCUCUGUCAACGCCAUGUGUCACGACAGCUUCUGGCCAGGUGUGGACCUGUCGGAGUGUCUGCAGUACCCAGACUUCAGCGUGGUCGUCCUCUAUAAGAAAGUGGUUAUCGGCUUUGGUUUCAUGGUGCCUGAUGUGAAGUACAACGAGGCCUACAUCUCCUUCCUGCUGGUCCAUCCUGAGUGGAGGAGAGCCGGCAUUGGCACCUUCAUGAUCUACCAUCUCAUCCAGACGUGUAUGGGUAAAGACGUGACGCUGCACGUGUCGGCCAGUAAUCCUGCCAUGCUGCUGUAUCAGAAGUUUGGUUUCAAAGCGGAGGAGUACAUCCUGGACUUCUAUGAUAAAUAUUAUCCUGUGGACAGCACCGAGUGCCGCCACGCCUUCUUCCUCCGGCUGAGACGCUGAGGCGACCACAGCGUCAACACCUGCAGGACCUGCUGAAGCCCUGAAGUCAGCACUGAAGAAAAAAAACAGCCACCCCCAGCCUGCAGCUUAGUGCCUGGCUCAAAGGCACCUGAGCGGUAGCAGCUGACAGCACCAGUUUUCAGUCCACAGAUUCAUCCAGUUACAGACCAGCGCCUGCUGAGGCCCGACAUUACAAAACCACAUGUAGAGGCUUUUUUUCGAUGUCAUAUGAAACAUGACUGUUUUUUCACUUUUGGUGCUUUCAGAGGAAAUUUAGAAGAAAGAAGGAAAUCUGACAAUAAUUCAGAAAAACUUGACUGAUGUCCUUACAGAAAACACAUCACACUCCUGGGACCCUCAGAAUAUCAUAAAGUCGACCAUUCAGUUUCCGGUGAAGUCUGGAUUCAGUUCCUGAGUCGAUCAGUUUUUGACUGAUGUUUGAUUCAUUCUCUUCAGUUUAUGUCUCGUGUUUUUCCUUUCAGCCAUUAAAACCAAAAUGAGUUUAAUAAUGAAA